AUGGUAAGCGACACUUAGUGGAUGAUCAAGUUCUUAAAUAAAGAAACCAGAUAUCAGGUUCCUCGCUGAUGAACCCACAUGAGCUCAAACCACGACAUAGUGUGACUCUUCCAAGAUGACAUUCAAGUGCCACCAGAUGAGCGGUUUCCUUUUUACUUGAAAUUGGUAAGGGUUGCAGUGCUCCAGCUUAUCUUACUGUGCGCAGUCGCUUUUUUGUUUGGCAAUGGCGAGUAUUUUUAUAACGAAUGUCAAAGGAGGAAGAAAUGUAUGACAUAUUGCCAAGAAGCCUAUUUUCCUUUAUUAACAUGUGCAGAUUCUGGCUAUAUGCUGAAUUACAAAGGAAAUGAGUACAGAAAGCUGUGGAGUUACCCUUAUUAUGAUAACUCAGAAUAUAGGACUUGCUAUGGCUAUAUGAGUGACAACCCUGACUACUCCACAUCAGAAUGGGACUCAGAUAGGCAAGAGAGGCUUCAUACUUGUUUUCCAGCCUGCAAAACCGGAAAUGAUUCAGAUUAUACUGAUGACACAAGACCUGAAUGCACAGAUAGCUCAACUGACCCUGGAAUGGUAUGUGUUAGAGAAAGUGAUUCGUGUGAGCAAAUAAUCAAAAAUAUGGCAUUUAUCGAAACUAAUUAUCUCCGAUAAUUAUUUCUCUUUCAGCAAUAUUUUGAUUAUGAGGUUCAGUUUUCACGGUGAAUCCUAUCCCGUGUAUAUCAGGCGAGCCUAGCGACGGCUAGACUUCUGAUCAGAGAAGUGGAAGGCAUAGUGUUUUUUCUACUCGAUCAAUCCGAGGAGGAUAGGCCUUAAGCCGGAGCACGAGCAAGUCGAGUAAGAGAGCGAGGCAAAUGCAGCCCGUCGAAGCCGGAACAUCAGGCUUGGAGCCAGCCUUGGCGCAACGAAGUGGAUCAACCCAAAAGUCCAUGGGCCCAACUGGUGAAAAGAUGGUGGUAGCCCUGACACAGCAAUCCGUAGUGGACGUUAAACGUAUAGAUAAUAUAAGAUAAGACUCGUGUGAACAAGUGUAUUUGCCUUCAAGGGUUGGGGAUGUGGAUGGGGUUUCCUUCGAUAUUGGCUAUGCUUGAAUUGCCAUUGCCAUUGCAAAUUGUUUUCAGUAUAUUUACUUGUAUAUACUUAUAUUUACACUUGGGCUUAAGUCUCUGAGCAUAAACAACAUUAAAAUCGGCUUUAUGAAGUGUGGUGUAGAAACUGUAAUACUGGUUAUUUCUGGACUUUGCUCGCUGCUAAUUGUAUAUCAAGCUACACUUAUUGAUGCUUAUGGACCUUCUAAAGAGUUUUGGUUUACAUUUUUUGUAGCUUUUAUGAUAGACCAGUCCAAGAGUUUUGUGUUUCAUACAGGUGUAUGAUAUUUUUUAUUCCGUAGAUGUGGUUACUUACUCCUUUUUAAUAAAGAGAAACCAUAGGUAAUGCCUGCUUUGGAAAAUUAUAGCGAGGAAAACAUAUUUAAAUAUAACCGAUAAUGAUUAUAAUGAGGUUUAUAGCUAAUUCUAUUAAUUCUUGUAAGAUUCUUAAACAUAAAUUUAUAAAUUAGAUUCCUUUCACAUUGGGAUUUUUUAAACUCAGAAAAAAUUAUGUCAUUUUAAAUUUUUAGAAAAAACUAACCCCUUUUGCGUAGGGCAAAAAUCUUAUUCGCUAUAAAAGGGAGAAGAGUUAAGAACUAAUGAAGAAGAUUUUAUUGAUCCAGCAUGGAAACAUAAAGAUGAACAAGCCCAAUUGUCAAUUCGUGGCCAAAUCGCUAAAAUAAUGGAGACGAAUCAAUACAAAUUUUGUUCGAUGGGCUUUCUAGGCAUUUAUGCUGUCUAUGUUUUAGCAAUUUUAAGUAUUGGCUCAAAUAGUAUCCUUGAUAUUAUCGAUGUGUCAUUUAUAGGAGUGUUUUUAUUUGAAAUUUGUGUAGCCACAUGAGUCAACUGCAUGAAAAAUUUUAUGGACCUUUUUAAUAUUUUUGAUGCUGUUAUUGUGUCUGUAUCAUUUAUUCUGUAUUUUGUAGGGGUUGGAGCUAAAGGAUUAGCAGUACUUAGAUUGCUGAGACUUGUAAGGCUUAUCAUUGUGCUGAGAAAGGUUACUGCGAACACUCAAAGAAAAAGCAGUGGGUAUUCGACUGUUUAUGAAGAGUCUUUAGCUAUACUCAGACAGCUGAAAAACCAGAAGAAAUUGAGUUUUAAACAGAAAAAAGAACUGAAUUGGGUAAUCGGGAUUAUAGAAAGCGGAAAACUUUAUGACGUGGUGGUAGCUCAACAGAGCGAUAAAGGGAAUGGGCAGGUUUCUCAAGACAAUGAAGGCAGAAAAUGGAUUAAUAUGGCUACAAUAAUUGCAAAUGAUCCUUUGUUAUGGUUUGAUAGAGACCUAGACGAUUAUUUAUACGAAAGGCAAAGAGAUGAUGAGCCUGAAGACAAUAAAGACGAAUUUGAAGAAGAAAUCCGCCAAAUAAUCGGAAUUUCUGAAAAAACCCAUUUUCAGCUUGAAAAGAUUUUCGAUGACAUCGGCAAGUGGAGAUUCAACGCUUUUCAAUACUUUGACCUAUGCGGGCCUCAAGUAAUUUCUCAUUUUAUUAUCAGACUCUUCAAGCUUUACGACAUUUCAAGAAAAUUCGAAAUCCCAAUGAUGUCUCUCAAAACCUUUUCUACAGCAAUAUAUGAAGGAUAUUCCAGCACAAAUCCCUACCACAACGCAAUCCAUGCUAUUGAUGUAGCGCACAAGCUUAAUUAUUUUAUCCUGACUGGAGACUUAAUGAAAUAUAUUUCAGAUCUUGACAUUAUGGCAGCGCUUAUAGCAGCAAUUAUUCAUGAUUUCCAACAUCCAGGAGUCACUAAUGAAUUUUUAAUUAAGCGGUCUCAUUCAAAAGCAAUCAGGUAUAAUGAUUUUUCAGUCCUAGAAAGGCAUCAUUUAGCUAGUGCAUUUGCUGCCUUGCUAGACCAAAGCUGUGAUAUCACGAUUAAUCUUACAGAAGACCAAUACUGGCUGGUGAGGACUACCAUUGUAAAAAUGGUUUUAUCGACUGAUUUAAAGCUUCAUGACAAGACUUUAGGGUCUUUCAAAAAUUCCAGAAAUAUCCCGAAUUUUCCUAAUAAUGAUAAAGAAAGACAAAUUUUGAUGAAUAUAGCCUUAAGGAUUGCUGAUAAUGGAAACCCUCUGCAGCCUCAAGAUUUGUACUUUAAAUGGAUGGCUUUAAUGAUGGAGGAAUUUUAUCAGCAGGGAGAUAUAGAAGAGCAUUUAAAUAUGGAGCUUACUGCACCUUUUAUGGAUAGAAAAAGCACAAAUCCUUAUACAAGCCAGCUUGCUUAUAUUGAAGUAGUGGUAGAGCCGAUGGUAGAGAUAUGGAUUGAUUUUAUACCAGAAGUGAAGGAAGAUAUAUUUACUAGAGGGCUUCUUGAAAAUAAAGAAGCCUUAAGACAAAAGUCAGAUACAGUGCCAAAAAUGAAUAACGAAGAAGAUACAAAUGAAAUUGAUAUGAAAAGAAAACGAAAAGAAGGAAUGCUGAUGGAGAAAUAA